GGCAACGGGCCACUGAGAGGUGGCGCAACACUGAAAGAGGAGAGCUGCAAUUUCACGUUUUCUGAAUUGAAAGUGAAAGUUGGUCUGAGCAACAGCACAGCUGCAGUCGAGACACGUUUCUCCGUUUCUCUCUCAAGAAAAGAAACAUUCUACUGAACCCUCCUAACAGCCGAAUCUCUGCCAAACACAGAGUGUCGAUAUGUCUGCUGCCAGCUGUCUGCUGACUGAAGAUCAGUUCCUGUGCUCCAUCUGUCUGGAUGUGUUCACUGAUCCAGUCAGCACACCAUGUGGACACAACUUCUGUAAAACCUGCAUCAGUGAUCACUGGGGUAGUAAAUUCCCGUUUCAGUGUCCCAACUGUAAUAAGUUUUUCAAAGCAAGACCUGAGCUGCAGGUCAAUACCUUCAUCUCUGAGAUGGCUGCUCAGUUCAGACAGUCCGCUCAACAGAAAGCCAGCAGCAGCAGCUCAGAGUCCAAACCAGGAGAAGUUCCCUGUGACAUCUGCACUGGAACCAAACUCAAGGCCCUGAAGUCCUGCCUGGUGUGUCUGGACUCCUACUGUGAGACUCACCUGGAGCCUCAUCUGACAAGGUCAGGCCUGAAAAGACAUCAGCUGAUCGACCCUGUGGAGAACCUGGAAGGAAGGAUGUGCACGAAGCACGAUAAACUGCUGGAGCUGUUCUGUAAGACCGACCAGAUGUGCGUCUGCAUGCUCUGCACCAUUUUAGACCAUAAGCCACAUGAUGUUGUUCCUCUUAAAGAAGAAUAUGAGGGAAGGAAGGCCAAGCUGGGGAAGACAGAGGCUGAAAUUCAGCAGAUGAUCCAGAAGAGACAACUCAAAAUUCAGGAGAUCAAACACUCAGUGAAGCUCAGUGAGGAAGAUGCAGACAGAGAGAUAGCAGACGGUGUCUGUUGAGAGAAGCCAGGCCGAGCUCAUCGACACGAUCAAAGAGAAGCAGAGAAAGACAAAGAAACAGGCUGAAGGCUUCAUCAAAGAGCUGGAACAGGAAAUCUCUGCGCUGAAGAAGAGAAGCACUGAGGUGGAGCAGCUCUCACAGUCUGAAGACCACUUCCACGUCCUCCAGAGCUUCACGUCUCUAAACGCAGCUCCACCCACCAAGGACUGGACAGAAGUCAGCGUCUGUCCACUUUCAUUUGAGAGGACUGUGGUGAGAGCUGUGAAUCAACUGGAGGAGACGCUCAGCAAACAGAUGAAGAAGCUGCUCGCUGAGGCCGAGCUGAAGAGGGUCCAGCAGUCUGCAGUGGAUCUGACUCUCGAUCCUGAUACAGCAAAUCCCUGGCUCAUCCUCUCUGAUGACGUUAAACAAGUUAAACAUUGUAAAGUAAAGAAGAAUCUUCCAGACAAUCCAGAGAGAUUUGAUACUUGUGUCAAUGUUUUAGCAAAGCAGGGCUUCUCUUCAGGAAGGUUUUAUUACGAGGUUCAGGUUAAGGGGAAGACCAAGUGGGAUUUAGGAGUGGCCAGAGGGUCGAUCAACAGGAAGGGAAAAGUCACAGCAACUCCUCAGUAUGGUUUAUGGAUGAUAUGGUUAAGGAAUGAAAAUGAUUAUGAAGCCCGUGAAGACCCUCCAGUCCGUCUCUCUCUGAAGUCUCGUCCUGAGAAGGUGGGGGUGUUCGUGGACUAUGAGGAGGGUCUGGUCUCCUUUCAUGACGUUGAUGCUGCAGCUCUCAUCUACUCCUUUACUGGCUGCUCCUUCACUGAGAAACUCUACCCAUUCUUCAGUCCUUGUAACAAUGGUGGUAAAAACUCUGCCCCUCUGAUCAUCUCUCCUGUCAAUAACAGGGAGUAGAAUCAUGCGAUGUCCUACUUGUAGAUUCAUUUUCAUU